AUGGCAGAGCUUCACGACCUCCUCCACACCCUGCCACAAGAGCUCUUUGACAAGAUCUACGACAUGACGUUCGCCGUCAACCCAGCUGCGACCAUCGCUGUCGAUGAGUCCUACAAGCCUCCGGUCCAGCUCCAGAUCAGUCGCGCCACUCGGGAAGACUUCGCGAAACGCUACUACGGCUCACAAGCUGGUUUUCGCAGCAAAGACAUGCGCGACAGAAAAGUCUUUCAAUGGCUGUCUAAUCUGCCCGCGAACCACCAGAGACGCAUUAGUCGGAUCGAUUUGGCCACUUUUCGACACUACACCAUGCAGUCAAGAGACGUGAAGAUGUACCUCCAGAUCGUCAACAGUGUGGGCAUUCGAAACCGGGAUGUUCACCUGAAGUCUCGAUCGGUUCUCCAGAUUGGAUUUGUAGACACGGCCACGGGCGAGGAGAUGUACAUGUCUGCUAAGGGUCCGGUAGCGCGGCAGUGA